GAUGAAAUUCAAACUAGUCUGACGACGCCGACAACGUGAGCCCGCCAGCACCCCGCAAGGAUUUCCGCCUCAUCUCGCAAGUCUUAGUCGACUCCGGUUACAGAGGACAUAUACCUCUGAUUCAGCAUCUUCUCUCCCUCCGUCGCCUUACCCAGAUUCACAGCUUGAUCGGCCCAAAAUGCGGCCUAUUUUGCUCUCCGGCCAUGAACGGUCUCUGAACCAAAUCAAGUUCAACCGCGAUGGCGAUCUUAUCUUCUCCGUGGCUAAGGAUAAAAUUGUGUGCGCCUGGUGGUCGGCCAACGGCGAGCGACUCGGUACCUACAAUGGACACCAGGGUGCUAUCUGGACGGUCGAUGUGAGCCCGAACACUCAGAUUCUGGCAACCGGUUCGGCAGACAACACCGUGCGACUAUGGAACGUGAAGACCGGCGAGUGCAUCAAGGUGUGGGACUUCCCUACGGCCGUCAAGCGGGUCGAGUUCACCCCCGAUGGAAGCAGACUGUUGGCUGUGACGGAGAAGCGUAUGGGUUUCUUGGGUACCAUUGCGGUGUUGGACAUCAACUACGGCGAGAACUUGACGGAGCAGGCUGAGGAGCCUAGCUUGCGCAUCACCUGCACAGAGAGCAAGGCAACGGUUGCGGGCUGGAGUUACAUGGGCAAGUACAUCAUUGCUGGUCACGAAGACGGCAGUGUCAGCCAGUACGAUGGAAAGACCGGUGAGCAGCUGGAGAACGUCCAGGCCCACGAGUUCGACCACCAGAUCAACGACAUCCAGUUCUCCGCCGACCGCACCUACUUCAUCACUGCCUCCAAGGACAAGUCCGCCAAGCUCAUGUCUACCCGUAACCUCGCCAUCCUCAAAACCUAUGUUGCCGACACUCCCCUGAACAGCGCCACCAUUACGCCCAAGAAGGACUACGUGAUCCUGGGAGGUGGUCAGGCCGCCAUGGACGUCACCACGACCUCGGCCCGCCAGGGUAAGUUCGAGGCUCGUUUCUACCACAAGGUCUUCGAGGACGAGAUCGGUCGUGUCCGUGGUCACUUCGGUCCCCUCAACACGGUUCACAUCCACCCCGCCGGUACUGCCUACGCCUCUGGAGGUGAGGACGGUUACGUCCGUGUGCACCACUUCGACAAGCCCUACUUCGACUUCAUGUACGAGGUCGAGCGCGAGCAGCUGAGGAAGUGAAGUGUGAAGCGAGUGUGACGAAAGUUUUGCAAGAGUUUUUCUAGUUUUUCCUCCCCCUAUCUUACCUACCUACCAGUACUAAAACACGCAUCGUGUGUGUAUGUGUUCAUGAGGCGAAGAUGAUAUCAUUUUUCUCCUUUACUUACUACAAAAGAAACCAAAAGUAGCAAGGACAGGCAGCACGGCGGUACGAGAAAGAGACCUCGGGGCGAUUCAGGGCAUGAGUUCUUUUUCAUCAUUUCUUAACCAUGAUAAAGUCGGAGUUGGUACCAUUUGCUUUUCUGGUCGCUUUCUUGUGUCCUAAUAAAAGAAACUACAUUGCUUCAUUUCCUCUUUCAAGUUCACGCUAGUAUCAAUGGCUGGUUCUCAUGAACGUAAAUGUACAGAGCCACCCGCAACCAUAUUCCAC